AUGUCUGACAAGUGCGAGCUGUUGGGCCCAUUUUCGCUCCUCGUCCAAGGUUUCAUGGGCGUCUGCGCGCUACUUUCUUUGGUAUGGAAGCGCUCAAGAGAAUACCCCAACCGAAGGCCUUGGAAAAUAUGGCUUUUCGACGUGUCUAAGCAAGUGAUAGGGGCACUGGGGAUCCACAUGCUCAACGUGUUUAUGAGCAUAUUGGGUGGAAGAUCAGACGAAUGGUUUGUAAAUCUUUCUCAACACACAUCGCCUUACUAUCUUUCGGGGUCGCCACCUUCAACUCCGCUCGAGCCCCCAAAUCAAGACUUUGAUAACCCAUGCGACUACUACUUUCUUAAUAUCCUUUUCGACACAACCAUUGGAAUCCCCAUUCUUUGGGGACUGCUGCAUGUUAUUUACAAGCUGGCUCGCAACGCUGGGAUUGAGGGCAUAGAGUCUGGCGAAUAUGGCAAUCCUCCAAAAUAUUCUUACUACUCGAAGCAACUUGCCCUCUAUUUCGUUGGAUUGGUGUCGAUGAAGCUUAUCAUAUACAUUCUCCUUGUCGCCUGCCCAUUUUUAGUUCGCUUCGCUUACUGGCUGUUGUCGUGGUCCGAUUCCGUGCCUAGAUUACAAGUUGCUUUCGUUAUGCUACUGUUCCCUCUAAUCAUGAACAGCUUUCAGUACUACAUCGUCGACACAAUCAUCCAGAGCAACGAAUACAACCACCACAGCCUCAAGAUUCCCGAGGAACACGCAGCAAACGAACAGCAAGCUGACGCCGCCGAGUAG